AUGGUAAUCGAAUUUAUUGACUCUGAAAAUCCAUCAUUAACAUUAUUAAUGUCCAAGUGCACAAUACGGGAUAAAUGGUUGACAGAGUUUGAAAAGGUAAAACAGCCUGGGACUGUAAAGUCGUAUUUAGGAACGCUCAACCAAUUUUAUUUAUUCAUACAAGUCGAAUGCGCCGACAAGUUUGAGGCUCUUAAUGUAUCCCAACCUGAUUUGAUUAGUCUCGCUAACCAAGUAAAGCUUUGGGUGAGAUCAUAUCGUAAAUUGAGCCAGGAUCGAUUCUGGGAGAAGAGAGUGGAAGACCUGGCUAACAAGAAAACGCCUGAAGAUAUAAGGAAGUUUGACUCUUUUGGGGUUGCAAGAACUGCUGUUAAAACAAUCGGCGAAUUUAACGAGCAAGACCAACUCCUGACUCAGGUGGAAUAUACAAACGUACGUGAUUAUCUGUUGACCGUAAUAUGCAUCAACAACGGAAGCAGGUCGGGUUCAUUGGCGAAUAUGACCUUAGAAGAAUUCAAACAAGCGACCAUGGAAGAGGGUUGUUAUGUCGUUCGUGUUAAAAAACAUAAAACAUUCACCACCCAUGGCCCGGUCAAUGUUGUGUUGCAUCCAACGUUACAUAAAUACGUUGAAAUCUUUAUUUCAAAGAUGAGAAACUGUCUUCCAGAUACAAAUUUGGAUACAAAGGAAACUGUUUUUUUAAACUGGAAAGGAUGUGAAAUGUAUUCAUCCCAUGUCGGUUCACAAAUUGGGUCGUGUUGGGGAAAGGAAGCCUCGACUGGCGGUGCUACAUCUUUCCGAAAAGCAGCUGUUUCAGCUGUCCACGAGACCAACAAAGAAAUAAGAGGUGACUUGGCAAAUCUUAUGGUGCAUAAUAGAGCCACUGCUGACAAAUAUUACCUCCUUGAGGACAAGGGCAAAACAGCUGUAAGAACCUCCAAGGAACUCUCCCGAAUUAUGCGAGAUGCCCAUUGCACGAAAACGCGAAACUAUACGUCAGGAGAACCAUCAACCUCCAGUUGUGUACAGGUAGCAGUUGUAACCCAUAGACACAAGUGGAAAAAAGACGAAAGUGCCGCAGUAGCAACUCUAUUCGCCACGAACAUCCAAAAUCACUCAAUUUCCCUGGAAGAAGUAAGAAAUGUGUCCAAAGAUCAUGUAAUAUUAAGCAAAAUUUCCACUUCAAAAAUAAGGGACAAAAGAAGAUCAUUGUUCACGCAAAAUGACCCUGAUGACCCUGAAGAACUCCCUUCACUUCCAAAGGAGUGUGAGACGCCUGAAGAACGAUUGGAAAGAUUUGGAAUUCCUCCUGCUGCUGGUAAGUAAAAAGUUGUUCUUCUAAUUUUUUUAUUUCUUGCUAAUAUUUUCCCAAAGACUAAAAAAAAAAACAGAACUGUAUUUAUGAUCGUGUUUGGUAACGAAGUUGCAGUAAGUGUCAUGAUGGAAGUACAAUAAACUGUUUUGUCCAGGUUUGGGCAUAACUGAUUUUUGGUCGUUUUCCAUCUUUGACUUGCAGUAUAUACCAAUUUGUUUGUUUGCUGUAGCAUUGCUAUUGAUUCGGCACGAAAGAAAUACUAACCUACUAACUACUACAGAUUAACCGUAACUCGUUUACAUCUUUCAAACGUUGAGGCUUAACUCGAAGAACAAAAUGUUUGACUUUGCUCGAGUUAAGCCCCUAUAUUUUCUAGAGGGCUUAACUGGAAGUACCUAACUCCAGUUAUGCACUUCAAGUUAAGCCCUCAACGGAAAUGGGUGUGGUAUGGGAGGUCGGGAAUCUUCGAGUUAAGCCCUUCGAGUUAAGCCCCUCGAGUUAAGCCCUUUUCGAGUUAAGCCCCGACCACGCCCUUUUUCAAAAAGGGCUUAACUCGAAGAACGAAACACGAUUUGGGUUAUUCAAGUUAAGCCCCGGGGCUUAACCCGAAGUUUGACAAAAAAGUUGUUGCUCGAGUUAAGCCCCGACUUUUGAAGUAUGUCAACGAGUGCAAUAUUAAAUUGUCAAAUUUUCAAUACAAAAAAGCCAAAGCACAGAAAGUUUCCCAAAAAGAACUUAUAUAUCGCUAAUGUAAUACGAUUAUCAAAAACAAACACAACUAUUAUCGUAUUUUAGGUAUAUUUUGGGUUUUUCAUAUUAAUUUAAUAACAGGUAAUUACUUUUAAUUUAGUGAAUCGUUUAUCCACAACAAAACAAGACAAUAUUUUAAUUAUAAAGUAGAUAGAAUCCUAACUCGUUCCUUUUGCUAAUAAAAUUACGUACUGUACAUGUGCGUAUGAGGCGUGAAUCUCUGCAUGGGCGCAAGUUGUCAAAGACAGAUCAUUCUAUACCGAAAUUCCUUCCCUUUCCUCUCUUUUUCUUUAGUUAUUACGUGCUGUCAUUUUCGAUCAUUUUCUUAAUAGAUUAGUUUUGUUCAAGGUGAUGGGAGAAGGUUGUACCUUUUUUGUUACAGUCAAACUGUUAAUUUGUCGAUAUUGUGCACAUUCAAACAAAAGGAACGAGUUAGGAUUCUAUCUACUUUAUAAUUAAAAUAUUGUUUUGUUGUUUUGUUGUGGAUAAACGAUCCACUAAAAGUAAUUACCUGUUGAGUGUUGUUAAAUUUAAUAUUAAUUUAAAUAUGAAAAACCUAAAAUAUUGUUAACGAUAAUAGUUGUGAUUGUUUUAGAUAAUCGUAUUACAUUAGCGAUAUACAAGUUCUUUUUGGGAAAAUUUCUGUGCUUUGCCUUUGGCUUUUUUGUAUUGAAAAUUUGACAAUUUAAUAAUGCACUCGUUGACAUACUUCAAAAGUCGGGGCUUAACUCGAGCAACAACUUUUUUGUCAAACUUCGAGUUAAGCCCCGGGGCUUAACUCGAAUGACCCAAAUCGUGUUUCGUUCUUCGAGUUAAGCCAUUUUGGAAAAAGGGCGUGGUCAUGGCAAAACAGGGCGUGGCCGGGUCUUAACUCGAAAAGGGCUUAACUCGAGGGGCUUAACUCGAGGGGCUUAACUCGAAGAUUCCCGAUCUCUGGUAUAGGCUUCGAGUUAAGCCCUUCGAGUUAUGCCCUCCGAGUUAAGCCCUUUUCGAGUUAAGCCCCUGCCACGCCCUUUUUUGCCGGGGGCUUAACUGGAGUCAAGCCCCGACAUUUGGUGGAUGUAAACAAGUGACGUGUGUAUACUUGCACGAAUAUUGGCAAAUAUAUGUAAGGAGGGAGAAUGUAAAAUUUCAGCAAUUUUAAGAAAUAUAUUUCACUUAGAUCUCUGUUGCUUUGCCUACAAUUUUAUACAGACAAUGACAUCGUGAAACGAGAGAGCUCAAUAAGGAUUUGUAAACAACAGGCUCAUUCAGGGCAGCAAUUACGGAUUUAAAAACUAAGUAAUAUAUAGCGGAACCUGCAGAACGAAAAUCAUAGGCAUGUUCAUAUGGAGGCGAGCUACCUUUCUAUGAUAUAUCUCUUCUCCGAAGUAGAGGACAUGAAUACUACAGCGUGACAUCAUACUGAAUUGUUUUGUUAGAAAAUGGUUUUACUAGCUAGAACUUCAUUCUUGAUCAUUCUGAUUUCUGAGAAUAUCCAAAUAGUACACAUAAUCAUGAUAUUUUAGUUUCGUUUGCCGUUGUUGUGAUUCGGUUAUUUGCCGUUGGUAAUUAGUGGAAAUAUUUGUAUCAGUUAUCCACUUACAAUAGUUUGAAUUUCUUCGUCUCUGUUCUCUCUCUGAUGGGUUCUUGGCAAGAUGAGUCACUCGCUUGUGUCAUGUAAAUAGUCACCGGAAUACUAUAUAGUUUAUAGUAACAAGUUUACAUAAUCUAGCCCUAGAUCGUGUCGUUGCCGAGCAAAUCGGUUGGAAAGGUAGCUCACCUCCAUAUGAACAUGCCUAAGAUUUGCUUUCUGCAAGUGGCGCUAUAGCCUAUAUAUUAUUUAUUUUUUAAAGCCGUAAUUGCCGUCCUUAAUGAGCUGUUGUUUACAAAUCCUUAUUGAGAUCUCUCAUUUCACGAUAUCAUUGUCUGUAUAAAACUGUAGGCAAAACAGCAGAGAUCUAAGUAAAAUAUAUUUCUUAAAAUUGCUGAAUUUUUACAUUCUCCCUCCUGACAUAUAUUUGCCAAUAUUUUUGCGAGUAUGCACCACACGCGUCACUUGUUUACAUCCACCAAAUGUCGGGGCUUAACACGAAUGCUUAAUUUAAAUCGUUAAUUGACUUCCAGUUAAGCCCCCGGCAAAAAAGUGCGUGGCAGGGGCUUAACUCAAAAAGGGCUUAACUCGAAAAAUACCUACUCCGGUAUGGGAGUGUUGGGGGCUUAACUCGAAAGGGCGUGGUCGGGACUUAACUCGAAGGGCUUAACUCGAGGGUCUUAACUCGAAGAUUUGCUACCCCAUGGAUAAACCUAGAUAAUGCUUCGAGUAAAAAAUUCAGUAUAUUAUGAUGUGUGAGUUGCUAUUGAAAAGCUGUGGUACAGUAUUUCAUUGUCACAGUACACUACUAAGUACAUUAUACAAAUAAUGAAUGUUUAUGAGUGCCAAUGGUAAAUAUAUUUUCAUAAGGUGAAAGAUGGAAUUUUCCUUUCCACGAGACGACAGCUCGGUGGGAUGGAAAAUUCCAUCUUUCACCGAAUAGAAAGUAGAUCGUGAAAAUAGAUCGAUUUUAUCGAAUUUUUAAGUGAAUUAGAUACAAAACAAAUACAUACCUUGUUCAAAAAUAAUUAAAAUCCAACAAAUGUUGAAGAUCCAAGCUUAAGGAUCGAGAGCUUUGCAAUAAUAAAUUUAUGUGGUGAUUCCACAAAACUAAACUUAUAUUGUUGUUCACCAUGCAAAGCUACAAGGAACUUAAAUAUAUACCUUAUUCAAAAAUAAUUAAAAUCCAACAAAAAGUGCCAACAAGGGGCCGUGGGCCAUUGUGCGAAAAAGUGCUUAGAAAAGCAAUUUCGUUGCAGCCCCCUGGGGAAUACAUUUUCUGUGGUUCAAUGCAUAGUACCAUAGAUGCUCAAUUACCACAAAAAGUUCCCAAGCAAAAAACCUGCCAAACCCCGAGAAAAUUGGCAAUCGGUGUUUAUCCUCUAUUAAAUUGUAUUACAGCAAGAAAAUGUGAAAUUUUAUAUUCAAUUACAUGAAAAAUGACUUGCAUCAUCAGAAAGCUUACAAAAAUCUACGUUUCGGACAUUUAAACAGUUUUUUCUAUAUCUCAAAUUGUUUUUGAGUUUUACGCUGUCAAUAACGCGUUUUUGACCCAGUACCCAGUCCUUAUUGCAACAUUUUGGUCCAAUUUUCACAUUUAAAACAGCAAUAACUCAAAGACUACUUGAUCAAAAAACUGUUUAAAAGUCUUAUAUGCCGGUUUUUGUAAGCUUUCUGUUGACGCAAGUAAUUUUUGUUGUAAUUGAAUACAAAAUUUCACAUUUUCUUGCUGUAAUACAAUUUAAUAGAGGAUAAUCACUGAUCACCCAUUUUCUCGGUGUUUGGCAACUUUUUUGCUUGGGAACUUUUUGUGGUAAUUGAGCAUCUAUGGUAUACUAUGCAUUUAACCACAGAAAAUUUAUUCCCCAGGGGGUUGCCACAAAGCGAAAUAAUUUUGGCCAACGGCCCACGUAAAAGUUAUCAUUAAAAUAUUUUGUUUUUAUACCCGAUAUUUUGUUUCGUACGAGUGAUGUACUUGAAUUUAAUUCCAGCAGUUUCAAUAUGAAAGUUAUAGUUACAGUAGUUGAGCUACGAUUACGACACGAAUAGGAUUUUUAAUUUAAUGCAACCUAUCGUUAAUAGUACAAAAACUAUUGUAUGGCUGGAGCGUGCAAUAGUUCUUGCACUAUUAAAUGGUAGGGAAAUGGGAACUUUAAUUCCACAUCACGUGAUCAUAAGCAGCAAAUUAAAUGACCAGAAUUUAAUGAGGUGUGAUAUAAAGAGUAUUAUUUUGAAAUUUUAGGUUUACGUGGAAAUGGGCAUCAUAAUGUUACCAACGUUGAUGAUACCAAUGGUGAUAAUACCAAUGGUAAAGAUAAAAACGGCGAUGAUGACAAGGAGGAUGACAAUGAUGGUGAUGACAAUGAUGAUCAUGACAACGAUGAUCAUGACAAGGAUGAUCAUGGUAAGGAUGAUGAUUACAACGGCGAUGAUGCCAACGAUGAUGAUGACAACAGUGAUGAUAGCAGCAGUUGUAACAAGAACGGCAAUAGCAACGGCGGUCCAGUCCAGAGGCAUAAAAUUCCGUCAGUUGUGCCUGGAUCGACAACAUCAAAUGCAUCGGGGAAGUCAAAAUUGUUUACAUCCGAAGAGAAUGCUGAAUUCCAAAAUCUGUUCAAAGAUUUAAUUAAUUCAAAGAAACAAAUUUUGAGCAGCUUGAUUGUUUCCAGACUGAAUGGAAAUUCAAAAUUGGCCCAUUUGGUGGAAAAAUGUUCGAAGCAGCAGCUUGCAGAUAAAGUUCGCACUGAAAGAAAAAUUGCUGCAAGUCACAGAGGAAAAACACGAUAA